UGUCAAUCUCGAUGUAAACAAACAAUCCUUGCGAACGCACUGCUCUGCAUUUGUCCGGAGCUCACACAAAAUCAAUCUAGUUUUAAGCAGUGUAUAGUAAUGGAUCCAUCCACAUAUCCAAUUUUCUAAUCAUAUUUCAUCCUCAUUAUACCAUCUUCACUCAAAUAUGCUCCAACAAUUUCUCUGUCGUGUUUGUGCCACCUCCGAUGCUGCGUGUGUUUUGAUGGACAUCUUUGAGAAACAUGGUGCUGAACAUAGUGUUGCCGAUAUCCUACUCGAGCUAGCGAGCGUGGUGGUGACGGUCGAUGAUGGAUUUCCCCAACAGUGCUGUAUGCAAUGCCAUGCAGAUCUCGUUCAAGCUGUAUCAGUGAGACGUAAAUGCAUUGAGACGGAGCAGCUUUUUCGAAUCAAGAUUGAACCAAAUGCUUGUCACGCGGAUGAUGCAUAUGAUGACACUCAGGCCGAUAAUGCUUCAAUUGCCCCUUCUGAUGAUGGGGAUGAUUCUAACGAUAAAAAUCCGUUCUACCAUUGCUGUGAGUGUGCCACGGACUUCUCCGAUUCCGAUACACUGCGGGAGCAUUACGAGUCAAAGCAUGCCAAUACGAUCUAUGGUUGGCAGAGCUUUGGUAUCAGUGAAAUCUCCCUAUUCGAUAGCACUGACGAUGAACAUGAGGCCAAAGGUGAAAUCUUGUAUCGUCCCUUGAACGUUCCACCACAAAACAAUCCGCCAUAUAAAUGCUGUGGGUGUAAAGCUGUGUUCGUAACCGUGGAUCAGUUGCAUCAACAUUCGACAGUACAUGCGCGUAAUGCAGAAGAAUUCGACGAAGAUAAACCAUAUCAAUGCGACGUAUGUUAUCGUGCAUUUGUCAGCAAACUCAGGGUGAGGGAACACCAAAUGGGUAGAUGGUUUGAACGCUAUCAGUGUGCAGUUUGUGGCAUGAUGUUUGGUAGACUGAAUCAAUGCAAUGCUCACGAAAGAAACCACACGGCCCGAAAAGUAAAUUGUGUUGCUUGUGGGAAAGAAUUUAACAACAGCAAGAAUUUAUACAGACAUGAGCAAAUUGUCCACGUAGAUCCAAACUCAAGGAAAAAGUAUAUUUGCAAUGUAUGCGGUGCGAAGGUACUUUCGUCAUCGUACCUAAAGGUUCACAUGCGGCUACAUUCUAAAGAGAAUCCGUAUUCGUGCAACUUGUGUGGCGCACGCUUCAAGGUAGCGAGAUACCUCAAAUGGCACUUGAGAAAGCAUAAAGAAUUAUACCCGUGCAAGCAAUGCGGUCUAUCAUUCCAGAGCUAUUCCCUUCUUCAGGAUCAUAUGAAAACCCAUUUCGUAGGCAGAAAGUAUAGCUGCUCUUUCUGUCCGAAGUUUUUUUGCCAGAAGCCAGGCCUAAUAAAUCACUUAAACAAAGUGCACAAAAGCGAAUGAGCGAAAGUGAAAAUAAAUGCAAUUGUGGAGUAUGUA